UGGUGCCCAACCAUUCGUCGUUCAACAAUGUACCCUACAGAGUGAUUGUCCCCAACGUUCGGAGCGGACUAUGCUAAACCCGACCACUAAAUUCCAGCGAGCCUCGGCCAACGCCAACGUGUUCAGUGAGCGCUGGAGCCUGCUCCUUAGGGCCCCCCCGAAGGACCAGACAGCGCGUUGUUCCAGGGGUAACGGCAGCCACCCACCCAGUCGGCACCCGCCUGCAGCCCAAGGGCGAUGGAACGGCACUGCGGACAACGUCAUAUUCCGCCGAAGGACAACUUUUCUGGCGCUGCCGACUCCCCCCGAAAGCCUUCCUCUCGCGGCCUUUCCAGCAUUCUGCUCGCGUAAACCCGCGCCACCUUGUCUAUUCUUAUCGCGGCCUUCAUCCUCGGCAACUUUUAUCCUAUAUAGCCUACCCCUCCUUCUUCUGCCCAAAAGGUUUCCCCUACAAUACCUUCAAACUGUCGUCACUCCUGCGCCUCCCCGCCCCAAACCGCGUUCUUCGCAUCAUGGAAGCCGCUGGUGGUAGUAUUCGGGCAGGGCACCUUUGUGUCCUGGUCCACGGGCUUUGGGGGAAUCCACUACACAUGAAGAACAUUGCCAAGUGUCUACGCGAUCAAUACUCUAAUGACGAACUAUACCUACUUUUGGCCAAACGCAACAGCGGAAGCUUCACGUACGACGGCAUCGAACGAGGUGGUGAGCGUGUCUGCGCAGAAAUCGAAGAAGAAAUCAAAGCAAUCCGUGACAAGGGUGGCAAGGUCUCGAAGUUGAGCAUCGUGGGUUACUCCCUCGGUGGCCUGGUUUCCCGCUAUGCCGUUGGAUUGCUGCAUGCAAAAGGCAUUCUGGAUGAAGUUGAGUGCAUGAACUUUGCGACGUUUGCCUCCCCCCAUCUCGGCGUUCGAACCCCCCUGAAGGGCUGGCACAACACAAUCUGGAACGUUGUUGGAGCAAGGACGCUUUCAAUGUCUGGCCGACAACUCUUCAUUAUUGACGACUUCCGAAAUACGAGUCGACCCCUCUUAUCCGUCAUGGCUGAUCCCUCCUCCAUCUUCAUGGCCGGAUUGCGCAAGUUCAAGAGACAUACGCUAUACUCCAACAUUAUCAACGAUCGAAGCGCUGUGUACUAUACCACUUGCAUUCAGAAAACCGACCCAUACGCAAAGCUCGAAAGCAUUAAUAUCAACACUAUCGAGGGUACUGAAAAGGUUAUUCUUGAUCCCGACAUGCCCUUCACCCCAAGACCCAAGAUCAAGUCACGCCCGACAUACUCAUCAAUCUCGAAAGCCUGCAUGGAAUUUGUCAAGAAUAUCCCAUUUAUGUUGACAGUAGCUGUAUUUGUGCCUAUCGGCGUGGUUGCCUACCUCGCCAACUCGGUAGUACAAAACCUCCGAUCCUACAGCCGCAUUAAGGCCUAUGAACAAGGCCAGAUGGGCAUCAGCAUCGAAGAGUAUCGUGUACCACUGCUCAUAAAGGGUAUCCGAAAUGAGGUCGAAAAUGCAUACGAGGCCCUCAACAGCUCACAACCGCAAGAAUUUCUCGGUACCGAUGACGAAGACGACGAGGGUGGCAUGACCGCCGAGGACCGCCGCCUUUUAAGCCGAGAAAGAAGACUCUCCAUACCUACACAACCAACGCUGGCGUUGGCGCCAUGUCAAUUCGAAAUGAUUAGAGGACUGGACACUGUGGGAUGGCGCAAAUAUCCAGUUUGGAUUCACCAAGUCCGGCACAGCCACGGCGCCAUCAUUGCUCGCAUUGAUAAGCCAAGGUAUGACGAGGGAUAUAUUGUAAUGGGUCACUUUGCAAAGAAGGAGUUUUUGAUUUAAGGCGGUAUACAUGUCCUACCGGAUAGAUUCAAACCGGUUAGACUUUGUUCUUUUGGUGUUGUGUUGAAGCAUUCAAGUACAUAAUAAUUCGGCAUCCUUGGGAUGUGUUGGUUCUCCUAUGCCGGCCCAUUUAGGAAUACUAAACGUUGGCUAUUCCACUUGAGCACCUAUGUAAUCCUAAUAACCUAAUCCUUACACGCAUAUUUUACCUUUUUUCUAUGCUCUUACACGGUUGAAUGUGCUCG